UUUUCCUUCUCUCCUAGGGGCUACACAAUGGCAGUCUUCUCUCAGUGAGAUGAAUCCUGCUUUGCCUUCUGCAGACCCACCCAUCCUCAUAGCGAUCAAGUAAAAGGCUAUGGUUUUCUCUUUGGGGAUCUUUUGUGCAUUACUGUUCUCUCUGAUUAGUUCUGGUCUCUGUUGGGAUUUCUUUGCUUUUUUGUUUGGCUUCAUGCUGAAAAAGGAUUUUUUUUCCAACCCUUCGGUAAUAAUCCAGUGGUGAUCGAGGGGGAUAAAUCAUUCACCCUGGCCGAAAAAAAACAAUCACUGAGAAGUCUCAAAGAAAUAUACCACGUGAGGGGAAAAAACUGGGAGAAGAUCCGGAAUAUUAUCGUUUUUCCUAUGGUAAAACCGGUGCCCCUCUUCAGGAGAACUGAUUUCAAAUUAUUAUUAUGCAACCACAAGGAUCUCUUCUUUCUCAGGGUGUCUAAGCUGCUGGAUUGCUUUUCGCCCAAAUCAAUGUGGUUUCUUUGGAACAUUUUCAGCAAAGGAACGCAUAUGCUGCAGUGUCUUUGUGGCAAGAGUCUUAAGAAAAACAAGAACCCAACUGAUCCCCAGCUCAAGGGUAUAGUGACCAGGUUAUAUUGCAGGCAAGGCUACUACUUGCAAAUGCAUCCCGAUGGAGCUCUCGAUGGAACCAAGGAUGACAGCACUAAUUCUACACUGUUCAACCUCAUACCAGUGGGACUGCGCGUUGUUGCCAUCCAGGGAGUGAAGACAGGAUUGUAUAUAGCCAUGAAUGGAGAAGGUUACCUCUACCCAUCAGAACUGUUUACCCCUGAAUGCAAGUUUAAAGAAUCUGUUUUUGAAAACUAUUAUGUCAUCUACUCAUCUAUGCUGUAUAGACAACAGGAAUCUGGUAGAGCCUGGUUUUUGGGAUUGAAUAAAGAAGGGCAAGUCAUGAAAGGAAACAGAGUAAAGAAAACCAAACCAGCAGCUCAUUUUCUACCCAAGCCAUUGGAAGUUGCCAUGUACCGAGAACCAUCUUUGCACGACGUGGGAGAAACGGUCCCGAAGGCCGGGGUGACGCCAAGUAAAAGCACAAGUGCGUCGGCAAUAAUGAAUGGAGGCAAACCAGUCAACAAAAAACAAGACUAUUUCCAGUGAAAGCAAUUGGCUCAAUGCCGAUAUACCAACAUCCAGAUGAGAACUGUAUCGCUUUGGAGAAAAAUACAAUUCCCAGCUUAAGUUUCUUAGCUUACAAGGGGGUUACACAGGGCCCGUGGACCCUUGGAUACUGAGUAGGGCUUCAAAGUUUUGACAGGGAGUCUGCAAAGGCUGAGUUGUGAUUUGUUUUGAUUUGUUCUCAGUUUUCUGUAUCAUUCGGUCUAAUCCCAAUGUUUGCUGGCAGAGAUUGUGUUUGUAUUUGACGUGGUGGAGGCCAUUCCUUUCAAGGUGCUGCAGGCAUUUGGAUUAGCUGAAGGGUGCAGGGAGAAAAUGGGGUAAAAUGUCCUCUUGGGUCUUAGGACCCAAUUCGAAUUAUAUUGAAAAGUCCUUGGGGAAGAAUUCCUCGGUGAUGGUUUGCCAACAAGCAUGGCGCGUGCCAACAGCAGCAGCAAACGUGUCCUGUCACAUCCCUUCCCAACUGACGUUAAUCUCCCUGUCACAGGAACUCGAACAAGCCGAAGAGAUUCGCACAUUUCCCCUUUCACCUGUUACAAGUUGGUUCCUGCCCUGCCUUUGUUUGAAAGAGGGAGUUUUUAUCUUAGUAACGGGAUUGAAAGUCAAAAUACAAAAUCACAUUGAAGAAGGGUAGGAUUUACGUCUUUACAUGUAACUAUAUUUUAUUUUUUCCAAUUUAAACAUGUAAAUUAAAUAACUUCUUAAUAUAUUGAUGUUUGCAUUGCUAGAGUCAAAAUCACAUACACACAUAUGAAAUAUAGCAGACGAAAGAAGUAAAAAGAAAAUAUUUCUGUUUUAAAAGAAAAAUAUUCCUUAGAGAUUAGGUACCAUGUGACUUAGGCUAUCACUCAGUUUUGGUUCAAUAAUUUGUAGCUAAAUGAACCCGGAAUAUAGCUGACUGUAUUUUCAGCCUUGUCAAAAAAUUUGGACAAAUCACAUUUCAAUCUUCAUAGUAUAAUAAUUUCUCCAUAUUGAAACCUUUUCUCAAAAAAAAAAAAAAAAACCCCAUACAUGCUGAGGACAUUUUCCUUAUAUGAAAACAUAAAAAUUGAAGCCCUUUCAUUUUAGUUAAUACAAAGGGAUAACAAGCAGAGGGAGUUAGGAGAAAACUAAGACGCACCCAGGAAUACAGGAUAAGACAAAGGGAAUGAAUUAAGGGCAUCUCCAGUAGAACAUGGCUGGCAAACUACUUACUGCUCAGCUGGGAGCCACAUCCAGCAUGCGGUCUGUUUUUGUAUGGCCCAGGAGCUCAGAAUGAGUGUUCUGUUUUUCCUUUUAUAGUUCUAAAGUGUUAAAAACAAACAGAGAAGAACACGCAACAGAGAGGUCAGUGGCCCACAGAAUCUAAAGUAUUGACUGGUCCUUUAUGGAAAGCAGAGUUCUGCAGUGUGGGAAGCUGCAUGAUGUAGUGAAUUCUGAUGAUUGCAUAUUGUCCGGUCAUCAAAACUGCUGCUGAAUAAUUACAAUAUGUUUGUUUGAGGCUAAAAAUGAUUAGAUAGAGAGGAGGAAAGAAUAUCAUCUAUAUGAUUUCUGAACUGCUUAUAUUUCCCUCGUUUUACAAAACUGAUAUAUCAACGGACAUACUCAAUAAUAGAGAUACAACUAAUAUGGUUGCACUUCCAUCAUCUCAGGAUAGAGAUAACAAUUUUAUAAAUCUAUUAAAGUAUGAGAACACUAUUAGUACUAUCAAAGUCAGCAUCAGAUAAAUUUUCUCUUAAAUAACUUUCAAUAUUAAAUUUUUAAGUAACUCGGCAAAUGCAUAUUUUCCUUAUUUUUUGGUGAUUUGACUUAAUAAAGUCCAAGCCAUGACUCUAGGAUAUUUACAUCAUCAAGUAAAAUUUCCAAGUAAAAAUUUUCAUCUUAAACAAUGCGGAAAUGAUUUUGUUACAUUACUCUAGGAUUUUACAAAAUAUAAUUCACGUUUAGAAAAAAAAGUGGGUUUUUUUAGCUCCAAAUAAUUAAAGGUUGCCUAAACUAAUGUGUGUAAGUAGAUUUAACUGUAAAUAUGUAAGGGAAGUCCUAAUUAUUGUACAUUUUCAUAAUUCAAUGUGAAUUUCAUACAGAGCAAAAUUUCACCAUUAAGAAAAUAAACAUUUUGUUCCUA